AUUGUUUUUGUUCAGUGCCAAUCUAACUCUUACAUUUGAUCGAUAAAUUUGUGACUUAUCAACUAAAAGAUCAAUGAAAAUAGAAUUCAAUUAAUUUUGUUUUGUACUACUCAAUCGACCAUAUCCAUUUUCCACCACGUUUCAUAAAGUUGUGACAAAAUCGAUUUCCCACGGGUUGAAAAAUACCAGCGGCGGACUCUCAAAACCAGCAGCACAAAAGCUCUGCGCGCAGCCAUGGUUUCCCCAAAACUUGAGGCGACUCCGUGUCUCCGUCCCUGCCUCUAUUAAUAAGAACCCAUCUCCGUCUUCUCUUCAUCAAACUCUUACAACAUCUCACCAUCAACAAAAUUCAGCAAGACCCUCGAAUUUCCCAGGUUGUGUUCGGAAAGCAAGAAAACAGAGACAAGGCCAAAAAGAAAGGAAGAAGAAGAAGAAGGAUGAGUUCCAGCAGCAGCAAGGCUUGGGCUGUGGCAGCCAGCAUCGGAGCGGUGGAAGCACUGAAGGAUCAAUUGGGCUUCUGCAGGUGGAAUUACGUCAUUCGAUCCGCCCAACAGUACGCCAGAAACAACGUUAGAGCAAUCUCUUCCAAGUCCCCUGCCGCUGCAAUGGUUGUUGAGAGAUUGAAGGAAGCUGAAAAGGCAGGACGGGCUGAAGAGUCUUUGAGGAAAGUCAUGUACUUGAGCUGUUGGGGUCCUAAUUAAUGGAUUCAGGGCGCUUGCAGAUUGUAACCAAGCUAGCUCUUCUUGCUUUGCAACGUGAAAUAGAUCGAGUUGCAGACAGUUUGUAAAUACUAUAGCAGGGGAAGAAAUUUGGGAAUGGAAAUGAAAUCGCUUCUUGACAGUUAAAUGGAUUUCUGUGUUCUACUUUAUGGUUCUGUGUGUUCUCAUUCAUGCAUCCAGUUCCUCCUCCGUUAACUCUUUUAUCCCAUACUUUUUCACUCUUCCCCUGUUAUCUCUGGCUCCUUCCUCUGCAGCCAUGGCUUUCCGGCCAAGACCCAUGCAAGGUGAAGGAAGUUCUCUUGCUUGUGUGAUAAAUUCUCAUUUAAAGGAGAGCUGCCAUGUGUAUGUGGAGAUAACCAAAAGGAAAACUGGAAGCUGUAAAGAUUGGAACUUUCCUUACUAGAUUCCGACUGCUGCUGUUCCAGCUGCUCAUUUAAAGAAUAUUGAUGUCAAUAAUUCGAGUUGUUAGAGUUGUUAGAUUAGAUUCAAUUGUCACUAUUCCAUUUUAUUUAGACCUCAUACAAAUAACACAUACCAAUUUGCUUUCAUUGAAUAGUCGAAUUGUUAGAUGAGGUUCAAUUGUCACUGUACCAUUCAGUUUAGACCACAUACAAAGAACACUAUCAAUUAGGGAUGACAACCAAACCCGAACCCACGGGUACCCACCCGACCCAACCUGGUCAACGCGGGUAAAAUCCGUGUUGACGGGUUUUGGGUCGGGUUUGGGUUUAAACCCGUUCACUAUUCACCGGGUUAGGUUGGGUUUGGGUUUAGGUAAACCCGACCCGUGGGUACCCGCCCACACAUACACUUAAUUUUCUCGGUAUAUUUAAUAUUUUAAACAACUAAUCUUAUUUAUGUUUGUGGAGACAUGUCUAAUUUUUUCUUUCUAAUUGUGUAGAAUGAAGUUUGUGUUAUCGAGUGGAGAAUGAAGAAACUUAAUUGAAAGGAAGAAGCCUUCAAUUAAUAUGCUAUUUAUGGAUAAUUUAUGAUUUACUUCAAUUUUCUUGAGUUUUCUAGAUUGGUGUUGAACAAUUUGUAUAGUUAAUUUGUGAUUUGCUUGAAUUUUCUAGAAUGGUGUUUUAAAUAUGGAUAAUUUGUAUUGAGAGAUUGAUAUUUGACUUUAAUUUUGAUAGGAACAUGUUAUUGUAAAUUUUUUACGACAAAAACCCGUGGGUACCCAUGAACCCGCGGAUACCCAGCGGGUUGGGUUUGAGUUUUUUAAACCCAGUGGGUUUUUCCCCAGGUUUUUUUCACGGAUAAACCCAUGGGUUUGGGUUUGGCAAAACCCGACCCAACCCGACCCAUUGCCAUCCCUACUACCAAUUUGCUAUAAAGUACUCAACUUGUUUAUAGUUGAUUACUGAACGAUAAACAAUUAAUAUUUUCGGUUCAAUAUUUGGUUUGAUUUUCAAGAGAGAGUCACUAAGCAAAUAAAUUUGGAUACGGAUGACAAUGGGUAAGGUUCUGCCAAAUUCAAACUCAAUCCAGCGGGUAUAUCCACAAAAAAAAUCCACGUAAAAAUUCAUGGGUGUUGGAACCUCAAACCCAAUCUAACCCAUUGGGUAUGCCGAGAUUCACGGAUAUCCGUGGAUUCUGUUAGACAGAAAGUCAUACACAGUAAUGUUUUGUCAAAAUAAAAGUCUAACACCUAUCCGUGCAUACAAAUGAUUCGUACAAAAAAACACCAAUAUAGUAUAUACAAACAAAUCCACAAAUUAUCCAUACAAAUUGAUCAAUUUUCAAGAUAAACAUCCACGAACACCACCGUUAAUUAACAGGUUAUGAGAGU